AUGCAGAGGAAGAUCAGAGUGGGCGUGGUGAACGGAACACUAAUCACAGCGAUUGUUAUGCUUGGCGCCGUAAUCAUAUAUCUCUCGGGAUACUAUAAACUCAUCUUUUUAUUUUCUGAUGACGUAGGGAAUGCCAUUCUGAUGAACAAGGAGGACAUCGAAAGAAAUAUCUAUGGAGACGGGAUGAAAAUUAAGAUUCCCAGCAGAAGGAUGUGCGGGGAAAUGUGGAGGGACUUCCAGAAUAUGAGGACGGAUGCAAUUAUAAUCAUCUCUCAGGGCGAAUAUGUCAGGAUCUUCAACAUUAUUUCCAAGGAAGUUAGAGAGUACAAGCAUGACGAGUACAUCAAGCAUAUAAAUGGAAUGGGAGGAUACCUGCUUUUCCUGAAUGCUUUGAAGUACGAUAUCCGAAACUUUCUGAGGAAUACGCUCGAAAAUGACGAGCGGGAUGUAAUAGAAGAUUCACCCAUUAUAUACGGAUGCUUGAUACUUCCAAACACAGAUGGAGGGCUCAAAUUUAUGUCUAAAUCAAAGAUAAUGGAUGUUAACUGCACAUGGAAUGACGUUAUUGACUAUGUCUAUCCUGAGGAAGAGAGUGUGAGUAUAAAAUAA